AUGUUCCAGGUAUACUCUUCUUACAGAGGAGAGGUCUCAUGGAGCAAUAUGAUUGGUGUGAUAGGUGGUGACCUCUUCAUCUAUUGCCUUCACCGGCUGUCCAGGUGGGACUAUGGCUCCAUCGCCUCCCUCAACCGUGAUUUUAAUUCGGUGGUUCGUAACGGGGACAUCUACCGUCUGCGUCGCAAGAGUGGGGUGGCGGAGCACUGGCUCUACCUCUCUUGCAUUAAUGAUCCUCCAGAGUGGGAGGCUUAUGACCCGUCCACUGGGCGCUGGAUCCAAGUUCCCAAGAUGCCACCGGCUCAAAGCUUCAUCUGGGAGUCGCUCACCAUAGGAACCGAGCUGCUGGUGUUUGGGGCCUGCGGAAGGGUUGCCUUGAGAUAUAGCAUCCUUACCAAUUCAUGGACAGGGCUGGCUGAUGCGAUGAAUACCCCGCGGUACUGCUUUGGGUCAGCAAGUGUCGGUAAAAAGGCGUUUGUCGCAGGAGGCGCUGAUUCUUCUUAUAGACACUUGAGCUCCGGAGAGAUGUAUGACUUAGAGACACACACUUGGACACUCCUUCCCAACAUGAAUAGGGUUAGGUUCGGAUGCUCUGGCGCGUUCAUGGACGGCAAGUUCUAUGUGAUUGGUGGUAUUACCAGUGGGCUUGAGGUAUUGACAUGCGGUGAGCAGUAUGACUUGAUCCGGCGGUCAUGGAGGGUCAUCGACAACAUGGCUCAGGGGCUCAGCAUUGAAUUGUGGGGUGCUCCUCCGCUCAUUGCAGUCGUCAACAAUGAGCUUUAUUGCACUGAUUACAGUGAGAAUAAUGAUUUGAAGCAGUAUGAUAAGUUAAACAACAAGUGGAUCACUCUUGGAAAAUUGCCUGUACAGUCUAAGGACAAGGGCCGGGACAUGGGUUUCCGAGCGUUUGGUGACUGGCUGAUUGUUAUUGGGCCUCCAGCCAAUUCGGGUGAUGAAAAGGUGGUUGAGCUUCAUUCAUGGACCCCGGAUGGGCAACCGCCUGUGUGGAAUUUGUUUGCCACACGCCCAUACGGGGGCUUAGGUAUUCGAUGCGCUGUGAUGGGUUGCUGA